CGGCGCCGGUGGGGCCGGGGCAGCCCCGAGGCCACGGGUCCCCCCGUGGCCAGGACAGAGCCGGAGAAGAUGGAAGCACCGGGAUGCACCGGCUCAGAAUGGCUGGUGGUCCCCAAGGCAGAGGUGACCGCCGAGGACGAUCCAGGGGAGCCAGAGCUCCACGACUCAGGGCAGUGGCUGGUGCGGAAGGUGAAGGUGGAGGAGGAGGAGGAGGAUGAGGCCGAGGCCUGGGCGGCCGCAGCCGGGGCCCCGCUGGCCCCGCAGCCUCUGCCCGGCGCCUUCCCCCCCGAGCCCGCCGGGCCCCCGGGGAACGCCGGUGCCUGCAAGGCGGAGGAGCCGUGCCCGGAGGAGCUGGGGUACGGGGUGCUGCCGGCCUGGGGGGCCGGGGCCGCGCCUGGACGGCAUCGGGAUCGCUUCGGGGCGGGUAUCGGCACCGGCGCGGCCGCGGGGAUGAGCCCCGCCCGGCGGGUGCGGGCGCCGCUCGCAGCCCGGCCCGCGGCCUUUCUGCUGCCCGCAGUGCGGGAAGGCCUUCGGGAAGAAGGCGCACCUGACGCGGCACCUGCGGGUGCACACGGGCGAAGCGGCCCUUCCGCGGCCCGCCCGCGGCCGCCGCCGCUUCCGCCAGCGCAUCCACCUGCGCUUUCGCACCUGCGCACGCACACCGGCGAGCGGCCCUACCCCUGCCCGCUGCUGCCCGCCGCUCGCAAGAAAACGCACCUGGACCGGCACCUGCGCGACGCACACCGGAGAGCGGCCGCACCCCUGCCCGCGCUGCGCCCGCCGCUUCGCCCACCGGCAGCACCUCCUGCGCCACCUGCGCCUGCACGGGGACCCCGGCCCGGGCCACGGGGACGGGCACGGGGACGGCCCUGCCGAGGAGAAGCCGCUGCCCUGCCCGGGGUGUGA